AUGAUGCAAUUCAACCAUAUAUGUCUUACUACACUUAAGUUCCUUCUCUACUCUUUUUGGUGACAUUAAUUUUUGUAACACAAGGGUCUCUUUUGAAGAUGUGAAUUUUGUCUUCCAUCAUGAAUCUACCAUAAAGUUCUCAACCACUGUAUGCCUAAGAUCACAUCCAUGCCACUCAAAUCUAGUGGUAAAAAAUCUUGCACUGUCAAAACACCUUGCACAUGGAGAGGAAUAGUCUUAAAAGUUACUACACAUGCCACUAUGUUGCCACUGCCCAUAACUAUGAUGUAGCCGUUUAACUUCUCUAUUUGUAAGGAUAAGUUAUCAAUUAUUUUGGUGCACAAAAAAUUGUGAGUUCCCCCACUGUCAAGGAGUAUAGACACCUUAGUGUCAUGAAUUUUGCCCCAUAGUUUCAUAGUCCCUUGCUAAGUAAUUCCCAUGACUGAGUUUAAAGACACAUGUGCAGUGAAGGCAUUUUCAUCUGUGUUGGAUGUGGCCUGAUCAAAUAGUUCCCACCCUUCAUUAGUGUUGUCAUCUUCUGCACUGUUCUAGUCUUCAUCCAUAAUAAUAAUAUUCAACUCCUUUUUACAAUGAUGCCCUAGAUCAAAAUUUUCAUUGUAGUAGUAACAUAAUCCCUUAACUCUUCUCUUCUAAAAUUCAUGAUUCGUUAACUUGAGUAUCUUGCGGUUACUCACAUGUUUCUUGAAUGUCAUGGAAUUUCCCUUUAAUGUGCCUUUAGCUGAAUCCUAAUUAUCUUUCCUGAAAUUACCUCUAUAAUUUGUAUUCUAGAAUUCUCUUUUGUAAUAAUCAUGUUGUGGUUGAGGUGGUUCAUGCUUUGUAAUCACCUAUUUCCCAAAGAAUUCAUUUACACUUUCAAAUUUCAUGAAGAUGAAUCUCAACUUGGAUUGACAAAUUCAUUGUUUCUCUGAGCCCCAAGGGCUUAUGCAUCGCCAAUUCAGAGCUAAUGUUUGGUUUCAAACCCCUCACAUAUGAAUCUUUUAAUACUUAUGUAUUUAUAUGAGGUAGAAAGGUUGCAAUUCGUUCAAAUUCGGCCAUGUAAUCUUUUACUGAUGUGGCUUAUCAUAAGCUCAUUAGUUGUUGCAGUGAACUCCCAAUCUCAAACAUCUUGAAUCGUUUCCCCAAUUAACUCCUGAAGUCAUGCUAAUCUCGAACUGGAAACCUAUCUUCCAUCCAGAGAUGCCAUUCUAGGGCUUCUCCCUCCAUACUCAAAAUAACUUGUUUGAGUCUAUCAUGUUCUGACAUAGAGUUUAGGUGGAAUAUCUCUCAACACGCCCAAUCCAUCCCUCAAGGCCAUCUCCUUGAAAACUAG